AUGGCUUAUGAAGCUCUUGAUAACCUGAAACAAACCUUAGAUCUGAUCCUAGAAUACCAUGACAAUCUCGUCACUCAUUCUGUAAAACAAGAAAUUUUAUCCAUCGGCGUCCAAGCUGCUGUCUUGCAGUUGAAUCUCAAACAUUAUCCAAACAAAGAAAAAAUCAGAGAGGCAGCGAAUACAGCAUAUGAGAUUAUCCAAUAUUUCUUUUUUGGAGAAUAUCUUUCAGAUUGCGGAUCGACUGAGCCGACAGCCAUACUUGCAAAAAAGCUGAGGGAACUAGCACAGAGACUGCAGUCAACCGUUGGAGAUGUGGUGGAUUACAUCAAGGGUAAGGCAUCAGUCAGCAGCAUAACUGAUUCUCCUGCUGUUGGUUCAUCAUCAAGAUCAGCAAUCACAAGCAGCGAAGAUGACUUUGUUGUUGGUGUUGAUAAAGAUGUGAAAGUGAUCAUAAAUCGGCUUUUGGAGGGAUCUACCAGACUACGGGUCCUCCCUAUUGUUGGAACGGGAGGCAUUGGUAAGACCACACUUGCUAAAAUUGUUUAUAAUGAUCCUUCCAUUAUCAAAACUUUUAAGUGUGGUUGGGUCACAAUAUCACAAGAUUAUAAUAUAGGAACUAUUGCUUUACAUCUCCUAGCUUCCAUUAAAGGGAUGUCAGCUGUUAGGAAGAUUCUUAUCGAUUCCUUAAUUCGCGAAUACCUCCACAACAACAGAUAUCUGAUUGUAGUAGACGACAUUUGCAGUAAGAAGGCUUGGGAUGAUGUAAAGAUGUUGUUUCCUGAAAAUGAUGAAGGAAGUCGGAUCAUGGUAACAACAAGGCUACAAGAUGUGGCUGCUUAUGUUCGCUAUUCUAGCUCCAUUCACAUGAUGCGUUUGUUGGAUGCGCGUGAUAGUUGGAAUCUACUAAAGCAGAAGGUAUUUGGAGAUGAAGACUUCCCCAUUGAAUUGGAAGACAUUGGGACCAAAAUUGCUAAAGGUUGUGGAGGGCUACCCCUUGCAAUUUUGCUGGUGGCAGGAAUUCUGUCUAAGAUUCUUAAAAGUCGUAACUUGUGGAAGAAAAUUGCGGCGAAUGACACGCAGCUUGAGACAAUAAUUGGUUUGAGUUAUAACCACUUACCUAAUCAUUUGAAGCCAUGUUUUUUAUAUAUUGCUGGCUUUCCAGAAGAUCAGGAGAUUCGUGUUACUGAACUUGUUAAUCUUUGGAUAUCUGAAGGUUUUGUAACAAGUUCGAGUGGAUCUAAAAGCUUGGAAGAGGAGGCAGAAGAUUAUUUGGAGGAUCUUGUCGAGAGAAGUCUAGUUUUGGUCACCAAUAGGAAGUUUGAUGGGAAAAUAAAAAGUUGCAGCAUUCAUGAUAUUGUGAGGGAAUUUUGUGUAAGGCAGGCUGCAAAAGAGAAGGUAAUUCUUUCUAUUAUGGAUUACUUACCUACUCCUAUCCUGCGAAAGCAUUUUGUUCCACGUCUCAUAAAAGAUCAUCAUAGAAUAAGUGCUAGUUCGUAUGAUCUACAUCUCAAGGACUAUGUGCAUAGCUCACACAUCCGUACCAUAAUAUGUAUUCCGAAGAAAGGGUAUAGAUCUGAGGGUGUUGUAGAGAAAUUUAGUUCACUGAGGGUCCUUCAUGUUUUGCGACGUCAACGACUAGUCAACUCUAGGAUCAACGGACAUGUCUUCUCUUAUCUUAGCUGUUUGGCAUUAAUGUGA